CAAUGCGGGAGCUCCGAUUGGCUGGAAUGAGCGGUGCUGGGUCCCACCCGGCCACCCCACUCCACAAUCUUUUUCACGCCACCUUAUCAUCUUCCCCAAAAUAAUUCAUAUAUAAUGCUGGAAGCUCUUUCCAGAUUUGGAAAUUUAGGAAUAUAAAAAGGAGAUAAAGCAGAGGUGUUUGUUUUGCCAUUAAAUGCUCGAGUAUAUAUAUAAUGUGUCUCUGUUCUUGGAUUUUUUGAGGUCUCCCCAUCUUCUUCUUCUUGCAUCCCACUUUGUGUGGUGGCUCUGCUCUUUCACUCGGAAAUGCUAAUGGAAGGCAACCCCAAUGAUCGCCUCACUUUUGGGAAGAUGGGUUAUGGAUGCAAGCAUUAUAGAAGAAGAUGCAAGAUUCGAGCUCCAUGCUGCAACGAAGUCUAUGAUUGUCGCCACUGUCACAACGAAGCCAUGAGUAUGCAGCGCAAGAUCUAUGAUCGUCAUGAACUAGUCCGGUGUGAUGUGAAACAAGUUAUUUGUUCUGUCUGUGACACGGAGCAGCCUGUUGCACACGUUUGCACGAAUUGUGGUGUCAAUAUGGGAGAGUAUUUCUGUGAAAUUUGCAAAUUCUAUGAUGAUGAUAUUGAGAAAGGACAGUUUCAUUGUGAUGAUUGUGGGAUCUGCAGGAUUGGAGGUCGAGAGAACUUCUAUCACUGCAAAAAGUGCGGCUCUUGUUAUUCACUUAGUCUACGCAACAACCACCUCUGCGUGGAGGACUCCAUGAGGCACCACUGCCCUAUUUGCUAUGAGUAUCUAUUCGACUCCCUCAAAGAUGUCACGGUCAUGAAAUGUGGACACACCAUGCAUACAGAGUGUUACGAUGAGCUGAUCAAGCGUGACAGGUUCUGCUGCCCAAUAUGUUCCAAGUCGAUCAUGGACAUGUCUAUCGCGUGGAAGAGAAUAGACGAGGAAAUUGAAGCAACCACGAUGCCUGAGGAGUACAGAUACAAGAAGGUGUGGAUUCUGUGCAAUGACUGUAACGACACGACUGAGGUCUAUUUCCACAUAAUCGGCCAGAAAUGCAGCCACUGUGAAUCGUAUAAUACCAGAACAAUUGCUCCCCCUGUUCUUCCUCAGUAAAAAACUUGCUAUUAUUUUGCUCUGAUGCACCGGAAAAGCUGGUGCGGUUUGUGAUUGAUAUCGUCGUUUCUUGUCAUUUUUAUACGCGUGGUGGAUGCUAUUGUAUUGCUCUUCCUGUUAAUGUGGGGGGAAAAGAAUACUGAGCUCAGUGACUUUGGAUUGAUGUAUACAAAGUUUCAUUGUUUUGUUCAA